AUGUUCUCCAGGUUCGCCAACGACAAGCAGCCGGCCCCCAAGGCUGCCGAGGUUGCAAUCGCCAGAAUCUCAAACAUCUCGGCAACCCAGCUGUCCCGGUUCGAGCGCCUCCCAAAGAUUCAGCGUUAUGCCAUCCUCGGCGCCGCCUCGGUCGGCGGCCUGUCACUUCUAUGGGCAUUGACUUCCUCCUCCUCAAAGCCUGCGAAAAGAUUGCCUGUCCCCUCUCCCCGCCGUUCUUUGCUGCCCGACAUCUCGCCUGAGCAUGUUGCCGAACUGCCCUACCAUCCCGCGGCUUUACCAGGUGCCCGGGACGUGGAUUCGCCCUUUGGAUCUAUCCGCGUCUACGAAUUCGGCCCCAGGGAUGGUGAAAAAGUUCUCCUGGUCCACGGCAUCUCGACCCCAAGUAUCGCCCUGACCGAUCUUGCACACAAAUUGGUGGGCAGGGGACGACGUGUCAUGCUCUUUGACCUCUUUGGCCGUGGAUACUCGGAUGGUCCUUCGCCUGAGACUACCAACUAUGACGCCACCCUCUACACUACCCAAAUCAUGCUUGCCCUUCAGUCAUCAUCACUGCAUUGGUCAAACUUUACCAUAGUCGGCUACUCAUUGGGUGGUGCUAUUGCCGUCGACUUCACAUCCUACUUCCCUCACCUGGUCAAGGGCCUUGUACUCGUCGCCCCAGGCGGUUUGAUCCGCAAGUCCCAUGCCUCAAUUUCAAGCAAGAUGCUGUACAACAGCUCGUGGAUGCCCGAAUGGAUGGUCCGCAGGAUAGUCGCAAGUAAACUCUGGACCGGUGCCAAAACCGUCGAGACCGAUCCCGAAGCCAUUGAAAAUGCCGAGACCACAACCACCACCACCAGAAGUGAGGGCGAUAAAACCUACGUCUCAAGCAACCAAAUGCUCCUGCCCGGAAACCCGCAUAGCACCGUCUCAUCCGUCGUAGACUGGCAGAUCAAAAACCACAAGGGCUUCAUCCCCGCAUUCAUCUCUACCAUCCGCCACGCCCCCGUCUUCAGCCAGCACGACCGCUGGAACGUCAUCCGCGAGAACAUUGAAUCGCGCGCCGGCCCCCUACGAGAAGUCUGGCUCGUCUUGGGCGAAACAGACCCCAUCAUCAUCGCCGACGAGAUAACCGAGGACGCGCGCGCCGUCCUAGGCGAAGAAAACCUCCGCGUCAAGGUCCUCGACGGCGUCGGCCACGAAGUCGCCAUCGAGCGCGCCGACGACAUCGUCCGCGUCGUCCGCCGUAUCGACGGCAAAGCCGAGGUCCGCGAAGUCAGAGAAGUAAGGGAAGAGGAGAGGCCGGAGCGCUACGAAAAGCCUGAGCGGCCGGAGAGGUCGGACAAGCCUGAAAGGGCGGAAAAGCCUGAAAAAGCGGAAAAGAGCGACAAGAAGGAGAAGAAGAGCUCGAGUCGGAGGAAGCACGGGGGGUCGCAUGCUAGUUCUAGCACCAAGUAA